AACACGGCCCGCACGUUCCAACUGACGCGAUCGACUGCGAACAGCAGCUCGUCGCACCGUCACCGGGUUUCAACCCCUCCUUUAUCAGGAAGCUGCCCCACACCCACACCGCGUUGUUGGACGGCCCCAGCGAGCUAUGAAACGUCACGGUGCUCUCCGUUUGAGACAUGUGAUCGCGACCUGCGACGGUUUGCGAGCGAUUUCGACGACCUGGCGCUUGUAGGACGACGCUGUCAGCAGACGGCAGCCAGACACAAAGAGCGAUUCGCAGUAAGCGAACUGGAGCGGUGAUAAUGCAUUGUCUGACGCUACAAGCCCUGCUGCUGGCUUCCCUCGGGGGAUUUGCAACUCCCACUAAGGAUGUGUCAAUGGUAACUUACUUCAUGCUCAGCCAACAGUGGAGCACAGGUUACUGCAAUGCAGCACAUGAUAAGUGCAUCAAGGAGAACGAAAGGAAUUUUUGGACAAUACACGGACUUUGGCCUUCUUCAAACACCUCAAGUCCAGAGUUUUGCAACCGAACACUUCGUUACAAUGCGACAGUUCUCACGCCCCUGGUACCUAAGCUUGACAUGUAUUGGCCAUCUAUGACCAGCAACAACAACAACAUAUUUUGGAAACAUGAAUGGCAAAAGCACGGCACUUGUGCCACCGUAGUGCCCCAGUUGGAUGGACUUUACAAUUUCUUCAACUCAACACUGAGCCUAUAUCUGCAGUACAAUAUUACCGAGUAUCUACUGAACAAUGGUGUAGUGCCAUCCUCUGAAAAAACAUACCAGCUACAAACAAUUAAAGAUGCUCUGCACGACGAUAUCAAAGAAGCGGCUAAUUUUGUGUGCUACUCAAGCAGGAACUACACCGCACCCGUCCUGGCCGAGAUUCGAUUCUGCCUUAACCGGCAGCUGCAGCCCAUCAAUUGCAAUGCGAAGCACUCCGGCUGUGGUCAAGGUGAUGUCUAUUACUUGGCCUUCGACAAAGAUGGCGCCAUCUCACAGACAUCGCCACUUUCAUGGCUCCUGCACUGCAGCUGGAUGUUUGCAAUCAGUGUCAUACCAAUGCCACUUUACCGGUUGCACUGAGUUCAAACAAAGCUGUGCACAGUACAAGCAGGAUAUGCUGUAUACGAGUGCAUCGUUCUGAAACCUUCGAAGGCUUCUUAUGGUCAUUACGGCCCGUGCACCCAAGGCAGUUUCUCGGAAACAUCUAGGGCAGUCCUCGCAAGGCGCAGUACGUUGGGUUGUAGAGCGUAUGAGCUGCAUUGCAGCACUUUUCAGCAGUGGACCUGUGUGAAUAUUGACUUGCCAUUUCGGUUGCCUUCAAACAUGAAGUGCAUAUUUGGUUACCGAGGUUUUGCGAUAAACCUGGCAGCUGAUGGAGAGGUUGCUGUGCGAGCCCCUGCACUUCAGCGCUAUUUACCUCAAUCUUUUUUCUUUUUUUUUUGUAUUCUAAGGCAACAGAAUUAUUUCAUGUUUUGGCUUGCAAGACAUUACAAGUAAUCAUGACGAGAGUCGUCGCGCCUCAGGCCUACACGAUAGGGGAUAUAGGCUAAAUACUGGAAGUAGGCUUUUCCACACUGUCAAGUUGCCCUACACAGACUGGCUGACCUCCCACUCGUUUCACCAUUGAAUCGACGACAGGCUAGAAAACCGCGAGGAUGCAGUAAGCGAGAGACGGUGGCAAGGACAGCGGCACCAGAUCGUGCGCCCCAGCUUUAUUUCCGCUUCUGGGGCAACGUCCACCCAUCUUGUGUGGGGAAGCAGUCUUGCAGAAUUUCACAUAUCCCAUGUGGCAGUGGGCGAAUGAAUGCGAGUGUAGGAAUGGUCAAAAGGUGGCUGGCUUUUUGUUGACGAAUGUUUUCAUUUCUGUGGGCUGCACUGAUCAACCAGCAGAUCUCACUUAGCUCACGCUACAAUUCUCAAAAGCAAGAAGAGUCGAGAAGUGGAAGGGCUUAAAGGCUUAAAUUCGCUAGAAGUGGUGUCACGCCACAGAUGCGACAACUUCAGCUAUCUGCGCAAGCUCUGCGUCUAAUGCAUAGUGUCCCCCAUCCAACAAUUUCCAAUUUCCAAAAUGUUCGUUUCUGAACAUCCGCAGCCAAACAGCAAAACUUCGCACCAUUUUCCAGAACUUGCCAUGACUUGCGGCUGCCAUUACAGCCAGACCGCAUCUUGUGCAAAAGAAUGUGUUCGUUGCAUAUACAUGGUAAUACCAUUUAGACUGCAUAUAAGGACAAAGCAAGUCCAUAGUAUGGUGUUGUGCCCGUUUCAUGCUUUCACGACUGCUUCAACAUUUAUGCAGGUAGUAGUCUAUUGCUGUUAAGAGUGUCCAAGUAGUUUUUGAUAAAGCAGAGAGUUGCGCCGUCCUCUGGCUCAUUUCUUUGAGCAAGGUAGCAAGCAGCGCUGUCCCCACAAUUACCAUGGUGUGAUACUGAACAGCAGUGAGGCUGCAAUGCUUGGCAGGCCUUCAAAAGUGGAGCCUAUUGUUAAGUUUUGUUUUUAUAUUGUUUAUUGUUUUUAGGUUUUCCCAUUACAACACUAUGAUUUACACUUGCACACAUUUUGUGCUCUUGUUUCAAUUUACUAUUUUAAUUUCGCCAUGACACCUAUUUGCUCUAUAUACAAUUCAAUGAAUUUUAUGUAUCGUGCACCGAAGUGUCUCGUAACUUUUUUGAAGCCCCAGAUAAUUUUUGUGCACUUUUACAGUGAUGAGCACAACUAUGCACUUUGCAGAUUUUUAUACUGCACAGCGUGUAUGACCUAUCAAAUGUUUCAUGUAUUUCAAUUGCGUAUUCAAGUGUUGACCUGUGCCACUAUGCCAGAAUCUUGUGCCAGAAUAUUGUCUAAUGUAUUAAACAUGCUCUUUUUCCCCUCAAUUUUGAUGUGAUCCACUGAGAAAAGAAUAAAUAAACGAGGUAAUAUAUUCAAA